CUUUUGCGUCAUUUCCGGGAGGCCGGAGAGAAGAGAAAGAGAGAGGGAGCCAAGAUGGCGGCUCUGAGGCGGCUGGGGGCGGCGGCGCUGGGGCGGGGCGGCCGUUUUUGUCACUUGGGAUUAAAAGACAUUCGUAGAGCAUCUAGACAACCUCUACACCUUGCCACACAAAAGAAGCCAUUCCUUCCACCUGCAGUACUACAGACAACGGCGAGGUCUAUGUUUGUUCAGACACAGGACACUCCAAAUCCAAACAGCCUGAAAUUUAUCCCAGGAAAACCAGUCCUGGAGUCUAGGACUAUGGAAUUCACCUCUCCAGCUUCCACGUAUUGCUCUCCUUUAGCAAGGCAGCUCUUCAGGAUUGAAGGGGUUAAAAGUGUCUUCUUUGGUACAGACUUCAUCACUGUCACAAAGGAAGGUGAAGAUUUAGAUUGGAAUUUAAUGAAACCAGAUAUUUAUGCAGCCAUUAUGGAUUUCUAUGCUUCUGGCUUGCCUGUCGUUACUGAAGAGGCUCCUCGUACAGACACAGCACCAUCUGAAGACGAUGAUGAAGUUGUAUUAAUGAUAAAAGAGCUGCUGGAUACAAGAAUAAGGCCAACUGUCCAGGAAGAUGGUGGUGAUGUCAUCUUCAAGGGCUUUGAAGACGGGAUUGUGCAGUUGAAACUUCAAGGCUCAUGCACAAGCUGUCCCAGCUCCAUCAUAACUCUGAAGAAUGGGAUUCAGAACAUGUUGCAAUUCUAUAUUCCAGAAGUAGAAGGCGUGGAACAGGUUAUCGAUGAGGAUAAAGAAAAAGGAGCAAACUCCACUUGAAUUUGUGAAAGAUUCUAUACAGAAAUUAUUUCCAGGUGAAUGUCUCUAAACUGGCAAGUCAAUGUGGAGAUUUUUUUUCAUCACCACUCCUUCCAGAAACCUGUUAAAUGGACUGUUUUCAUGUCUGAUUCAUCAAUCAAUUCCAAAGAACUAAGUGAUGAAAAGGUCUCUUUAAAGAGUUGUCCAUUUGCUGCUGUUUUCAUGAACCAAAUGGAGGAGUUUAGUUUUGGAAUAAACUGAAAUACAUGAAACCUUUUCCCUUUCUCUUGGAUUUAGGUAGCUUUAGCAUAGCUUGUGUUUCCUAGAGUGAUGCAGUGAUCAAUUUUAAUGUAAACUAGCUGGGCCAGGCACAGAGCAUCUGCACCUCUAGAUGCCACUCCCCCCCCCCAUUGCUUUCCCACCGCUGCUACCGUUCCACUGCCGCUUUUCUGCCCGCCCACUGUUGUUUUUCUCUCUCCCCCACAUCCACCCACCACCCAUCAUUUUCUCCCUCCCCCACCUGCCGCCGGCUUGCCCUCCCACCCGCUUUUCUGUGCCGCCACCAGCCGGCCAUCAGUUUUCUUUGUCCGCCAUUUCCCCCCCUCCUGCUCGUACCCGUGGUUAUCUUGUAGCUCUCCGAACUGUCAUGAGAGCUGCCACGCAUGGGAUUAGCCACGGGUACGUCUUGGAGAAUGAAAUAUAAAGAGGAAGAUGGCAUUAUCCUCUAGAUACCUUCCUGCUACUCAAACCAGGGGGUAAUCCAGUUCAGUUACCAUGCAUUGUAACUGUUUUGGGUCUUGCUGUCAUUACAUAUAUAUUCUCUCCCCACCCCCCAAAUGCACAACACUAUAGUGAACAAAAAUGUAUUUUGUCCUCAGAAUAACCAAAUUCAAUCUUUUAAUUUGCUGCUGAUAGAGACCUUAUGGGGGUUGGAUAGCCUUCAUUUUUCAAACUAUUGUUUGAAAUACAUUAAAACCUUAUUCAUACCCUUUUCAAUUUGCUUAUCUUGUGUAGGCUUGUGUGGCGGGUGUAAUUGAGAACCUUCCUUCCCUGCAUUGAGUUUCACCUCUUGGUGAGUGCCAUAAUCUUCAAGACUCCAUUUCUUUCCCCCACCCAUGUGAACCAAAGUCUGGCUCUCCCUUAUUCCAUGCAGUGGAGUCAGAGCAGUCUUUAGUUCCUGCUGGAACACCCAUGUCAUCUGGACACAAGAUCACACUUUUUAAUUAGUCCGGAACAACUGCUAGCUUCAGGUUCCAUAUUCAGUCAUAAAUGUGGAUUAGACUCUGUCCUUCACCCGGAGCCUUAAAAAUGUGGAGAAAACCAACUUAGUUGCUAUUCUUUAACUACCCAUAUUACACAAAAGUUAUUAGAGUUUUGCUUUAACUACAGCAAGGUAAUUAAAGAGUGUUCCAGUCCAUAUACUGCUCACUGAGUUAAUUUAGGAAUGUGUUUGCCAUGCAGGAGCUGGGACUCCUUAAGGAAACUAAAGAUGGGAAGCUUUAGUAAAGACAAACGUGAAAUGGCUUUGCCUUGCAGGGGGAUGUUUGUUAUUCAAGGGAGCAGAUGAUAUAGGUUUAGGAUCAACUCCUCUGGUAGCUUGACUUAAAACCAGUAGAGAAUGAAGCCUAUAGUGUAUAAAGCUACAAGUAGUUUCGAUUUAAUAUUUAACACAACAGCAAGUACUCCUGCUGGGUAAACAAGUUGUGUCGGUAAACUGACUUUGAACUACCGUGUUGCCAUCUUUUCAUGCAAUUGUGUGAUUUGCCCAAUGUGUAAGUACCUUUGGGAUAGAAGUUCAGUCUUCAAACUAUAUAAAUGGCUGGUGACUUAAAAAUAAAUCAGUUAAUUUGGCUUAAUUAUGGGAUAUAUCUGUGCAUUGUAAAAUUUUGAAUGGCAAAUCAAUUAUCCUCUAGCACGGCAAAUACAACAUAUUAUAUCUGCUCGACUUGUA